AGUUAAAUGGAUUCAUCGUCCACACAGCCACAGGUGCCCAACACUUUAAACACAAAAGAGACCACACGGUGAAUGUAGCCUAAUGUACGAGGUGAAACAUGACCGAUAGAAAAGUUUGAAGAAGUUUGUGCGGCCGACAUCAAAAGGUGCUCCAUGGGAAACCUGUGAGGAGAGACCAUGAGCUGCCCACAAUCAUGAGGAGGAACAAGCAGAUUGACGUCAAGCGUGCCCUCGCUCUGGCCGGCACCUUUAACUUCCUGUGCUGCUGUGCCAGAGGCUGCCUGCUCCCCUUCCUCACCCUGUACUUCAGACAGCUGGGUCUGGCUCCUGCGAUGACAGGCAUCAUCAUGGGAACGAAACACCUCAUAACGCUGGUCUGGAGCCCUGCGGCGAGCCUGCUCUCAAAACACUACAACAAGAGGCGAGUGGUCAUAACCGGCUCUCUUGUGUGUUCGGCAGCAGUUGCUCUGGUUCUGCUGCUUAUCCCACCUGCAGAUAUGCACAUGCAGACCAGCACCUGCAACAUGUCUGAUCUGAGCAGCGGUCCAACCCAAAGCCUGGGUGGUAACCCGCUCACGAGCAGUGCCCGACCUGCCACAUCAUCGACGAGAACUCACCUUAACGCUGACACGGCUGUUGUUUCUCAGGCUGUUGUAACUUUUCCUGCUAAGGCACCUCCUGAUACUACAUCUGCUGCUGUUGGAACAAGCAGAACUUCACUUUAUCAGCAUAAUGAAGAUACAUUUAAUUCUCAGCUGCCACAAGAGAACAUAUCAGUUAUGGUCAACAAGACUUUUGGAGUACAAAAGAUCAGUGAUUCAAAAACGCACCAAAUCACCAGGUCCGUGGCAGCUCCAGUGAGGAGCAAGAGGUCCAACUUCAAAUCAGGAUCAGGAGAAGAAACGAGGGAAAAGAGAACAGAAGAAGAGAAGAAGGAGGUCAGUUCUGACUUUCUGGGCAGCCUGAAGGUGAUGGACACACAGCAUCAACUCUUCUUCUUGAUACUCAUUGUUGUGUCGGUGUGGGAGACUGCGUCAGCCCCUCUGGAGCUGACGGCAGACGACGGCCUGUAUGAGUAUCUAGACUAUGCAGAUGCUUCGGACCGCUACAGCAGCACGGGACUGUGGGGUUUACUCGGAGCAGCAUGCGGGGUUGGAGGAGCAGGGUUGCUGGUCAGCCAGUUGAACUGUCUCAUAGCUGGUCAGACCCCCAGGAGCGCAGUGCAUUUCUACUGUUACGCUGGUGUGGCAGCUCUGGCCCUGCCUGCAGCUACCUACCUACCUCUCUACCUGAAUAAGAAGCGAGACCGGGCCAGCGGGCUCCUUAAGGCCAUGCAGCUGGUGCACGGUUCCCCCCGCGCUCUGCUCUGCGCAGUCACCACCCUGUUGGUUGGGGUAGCAGGCUCGGCCGUAGAUAACUUCCUCCUAUGGCAGAUGCAGGACCAGGGGAGCAGUGAGCUGCACAUGGGACUGUCUCUAGCCCUCGCUCUGCUCUCACAGGCCGCCUUCCCUCUGCUGGCUGGCCGAGUGUCCAAGCUCCUCAGCCCAGGAAGGAUCCUCACUGUGGGGGCUGCAAGUCUCGGGUUGCAGUGCUUCUAUUACUCCUUCCUUUGGGGGCCAUGGGCUGCGCUGCCUGCUCAGGUGUUGAGUUGUUUCAGCAGUGGAGCCCUCUGGUGGGCCGUGAAAGUCCAAUGUGAGGAUGUGGCCACACCAGGGGCUGAGAGGAGUGUGAGGAGGAUCUACGGUGGGCUUUCUCUACACUUGGGGAGCGGGUUGGGGAGCUUUGCCGGAGGGUUGGUGGUUCAGAGGUUCGGGCAGACGUGGUUGUUCAGAGGAGUGGCAGUGGGUCUGAUGCUGUGGUGUGUGUGUUUGCCUCUGCUCCAGUGGAAAGCCCCUCGCCAGCGCAGGAUAAACUAUUCUCGCCUUUUGGCGGCUGAUGCAAGUGAAGCCAGUGACUCUGAGUCUGAUCAGGAGAGAGACUGGCUUGAUAAAGCAAUGGAGGAUGACAGAAGCAAUAACAACUAUGGAAGGAGAACAAACCACUGAACUCCACAAUGUGAGGGGACAAAGGCCGUGCAUAAAGAGUGCAGUAGAUAAAUGAGGCUCACCAAAUCAUGGAAUAAUUUCUCUCAGUAUGGAAAUAAGCAUCUCCCACCAGGUUCGAUAUGUCACUCUUUAUGAACAGGUAGCAUAGCACAAAGCGAGAUCAUUGAUUUUCUGCUGUCAGGUUUAAUUAAAAUCUUGAGAGCUGACUUUCACCUCUCAUUACUGCACUUUUUUCCAUCACAGUGCAAUGUUGUGGCAUCUCAUCUUUCUGGCCAUUUUAUCAGUCUGCGGUGCUGAUGGAGCACCUGAGCCCUUACAAAUAUACAUUUGCAGGACCAAUGAUUGUUUUUAUAAAGCAAACAAGUUGGCUGCAUUAUGUUUGGGAAGGGGAAGAACUCCUCCCUGCAGGUUCAACAGUGUCCUGGAGUCAUCAGGACAAUAGCAACAGUUACUAAAGCCUCUUACUGGGAGUGCAAGCACAUGACGUGUGCACAAGGUGAGGCUGAACUAGACCUGCAACCUGUUUGACCAUACCCAGUGCGUUUAUCUACUGUAAUUAUUGUGUUUGGGGCUUGUUUUGAAGUAUGUGAGCCAGUACAAUGACUGAACAAGUGAUCAGCUUUCAGUUGUGUGUAUUUAACUGCAGGACGUUCAAUGCAUUCAAACUGACCUCUGCAAACUGAGUUGGAUGAUUGUGGUGUUAUGCAGGGGUGUGCAGGACCUGUAGAGGACAUCUGUGUUUGCUUCUGUGUCAAAACAUGUUUGUCUAAUCUUUGCUUCAGGGUGAGUUUGCUGCUUGCCUUAUGCCAAAUGGUCAAUUUUGACCUAUUAGGAAACAGUGGCCAGUUAAAAAGGCUACAUGCACUGCAAUCUUAUGCAGCAGGGACAAUUAAAUCUGAUAUUAAAAGCUCAUUUUCUUUUGUUCAUGAAGUUUCUGUAUGUCUGUGUUGUAUUUGUCGCGGACCUGAUUACUGUGAAGAAUAAACUAAUCACUGACAGAAUCUGA